AUGACUGGUCAUGAGAUGAUCGUCGUGGUGGGGGCCGGUGUCAUUGGUCUCUCAACAGCCCUCCUCAUUCAAGAAAAUCUGACAAGCCAGCAAUCACUUCUUCUUGUGGCGAAAGAGUUCCCCUGGAACAGCUCGAUCAACUAUGCCUCCCCGUGGGCGGGUGCGCAUUACCGUCCGGUGCCGGGUUCCUCGCCGCAGGCCCUCCGUGAAGCCGGUCAGGCAAAACGAACGUUCGAGCAUCUCCGGUCACUUGCUGUGACCGAACCUGCUGCUGGCAUCCAGAUGCUCCAGGGUGUUGAGCACCUAGAGGUACCUCCAGUUGAAUAUAUGGACGCCCAGAGCGUCAGGAAUGUCUACUCUCACCUCCCCAACUUUCGAUAUCUGAGUCAGAACGAGCUUCCCGCGGGCGUGAAAUGGGGGGUCACGUAUGGGACAUACGUGGUCAACUCGCCCGUAUAUUGUGCGUAUAUGCUGCGUAAAUUCAUACUGAAGGGAGGUUUUACGCGGCAGUACACUCUCAUGAAUAUCAGAGAAGCAUUUGCUCUCGCCGACAAUGUGAAAACAGUGGUGAACUGCUCUGGAUCUGGGUUCGACGACCCUAAGUCUUUUAUAAUCCGAGGUACGUCCGCUGUUGUAUUUGCUCUUGAAUUAGACAGCGAAGCUUUACUUGAAGAUUGCACUCCUCCGUUUCCAUUUCAGAAGAAAAUACAAUUGCUGACAUUAAAAAAAGGUCAAACAUGCUUGGUGCGCAAUCCUGUCUCUGCCACGAUCACCCGCCAAGGUAGGGACGGAUCGUGGUCGUUUUGUAUUCCUCGCCCAUUGGACGGUGGAACCGUCAUUGGAGGUACCAAACAGCCUCACGAUUGGGAUCCCAAUCCCUCCCCAGAGACCAGGGCUCAACUCCUUGCCAACGCCGCCCAAUGGUUCCCCUUCACCCCGGAAAGCGGCCGCCAAUUUGAUGUGAUCGAGGACAUCGUGGGGCGGCGGCCCGCCCGUGAAGGCGGGAUGCGGAUUGAGGUGGAGACCCUCGAGACGGGGAAGAAUAUUGUCCAUGCCUACGGCGCUGGGGGACGAGGGUUUGAAUUAUCGAGAGGUGUCGCUGAAGACGCGACUGCAUUGAUGUUUGAGAAGGGACUGCUAGCUGCUCGGACCAAGCCUUCUCUGUAA